AUGCCAACAUUGCGUGAGUGCGACAUCAGUGAAUGCCCCCUGCUCUCCCGUCGCAACACCAGAGGGAUUCCUGCAAGGAGAGAGGAGGGAGAGGAGGGGGAGGGGGAGGAGGAAGAGGAGGGAGGGGACGCAGAAGAGGAAGAGGGGGAGGAGGGAGGCGAUGUGGCUGGGGAAAGGGAAGAGGCGGAUGGGGAGGCACCAGAGGACGAGGAGAGUGGGGGUGAAGAUAAUGAUAUUGAGCAUGAGUAUGCCAUGGACAGUGACUAUGAGAUGGGCUGUGGCAGAGGCUGGGGUUGGGGUGGAUUGGGAGAAGAGAGAGGGGGAGGAGGUGGAGGAGGAGGGGGAGGGAGGGGAUUCGGAAGGGGAAGAAGGGGGGGGAUGGGAUUCGGAAGUGGAAGAAAGGGGGGGAUGGGAUUCGGAAGGGGAAGAAAGGGGGGGAUGGGAUUCGGAAGGGGAAGGGGGGAAUGGGAUUCGGAAGUGGAAGAAAGGGGGGGAUGGGAUUCGGAAGGGGAAGAAAGGGGGGAAUGGGAUUCGGAAGGGGAAGAAAGGGAGGGAGGGGAUGCGGACGAGGAAGAGGGUGAGAAAGGGGAUCAGCAGGAGUGGGAGGGGAUGCGGAAGAGGGGGAGGGGGAGGGAGACGAUGUGGUGGUGGAAAGAGGAGGAGGCAUCGGAGGAAGAGGAGGAGAGUGGUAGGGAGGACGAUGACAUUGAGCAUCCGUAUGGCUUUAACACUGACAAUGGCAUGGACGACGAGGGAGGAUGGGAUGCGAUUUGCGUCUACUAG